AUGAAAAAGAUAAAAACAAUCAUAGUAGGUGAAGCAGGUGUUGGAAAAACAUGCAUCGCAGUUAGAUUUGCUAGAAAUGAGUAUAAUGAGGCAACUUAUGCAACAGUUGGCGCUGCAAACUUAACACAUGAAAUGAAAACAAGUAAAGGACCUAUCACAUUUAAUAUUUGGGAUACUGCAGGUCAGGAGAGAUACAGAAGCUUAACUCCAAUGUAUUUUUCAAACUCUCAAGUUGCGAUUUUAGUUUUUGAUAUUACAUCUAAAAAUUCUCUUGAAGGACUCGAUAAUUUCUAUCAAUUGCUUCAACAAAAAGCUCCAAAAGAUUGUGCACUAGUACUUGUCGGUAACAAAUCUGAUAUUGCUGGUAAAAGACAAGUAAAACCUGAAGAAGCACAAGAAUACGCAAAUAAAAUAGGUGCCUUAUUCUAUCAGGAAACUUCUGCUGCUACCGGUGAAGGAAUUAAUGAUUUAUUCGAAAAAAUAGCAACAUUUGGAAGUGUUACUAUUAAGAGUGAAGAUACCGACUAUAUUGACUUCUCAAAACGCUCAAGACGUGGUUGCUGCUAA